AUGGGGAAUAGAGACAGAGGGCUGUACAUAUAUAGCAGGUCGGGGAAGGGGAAGGGAGACAUGGCGUGGUUUUGGUCUGUUUGGUAUGCGACAGAGGCGGAGAAGAUGGUGAGGCCGGCGACUGAGAUGUCGGACGAUCGGGUGAAGACAUGGAGGUUGGAGAGGAAUUGGUCGUGGAAGAAGUUGCCGUUGGCUGGAGAAAGACCCACGGUGGCCGCGUGCGACGGCGUCCAGUGGCGUGCGGUGGAGGUUGUGAGGCGGCUGAAGUUCGCUGGCAAGGAUGGUGAAAUCGGGCCUCUGUUUGUGGUUAAUGUUCGCCGGUAA